AGUCCUGACUGAUUUAGGGUUUAAAUUAGAGCUUGAUUAAAUCCCUAAGUGAAUCGAAGCCUUUUGCCUUUCGAUCGCAAAGUUAUCUUCCCCAUUUAAUCGUCUCGGAGGAAUGGAAAGCCAGGGCGCAGAAAAUGAAUGAGGGGAGGGCGGUGGCCUCUGCUCCAUGCGUCACUCCCGGCUGCGGGCGAUGACGCCUUUCCGGUGUGCGGUGUGGGCUUGCUGUGUCAGAGAUUCCUGCCCCCUCCCUCGCCCGGUCGCCCGUCCUCAGCUAUUCACGGUCCCUUCCUCCCCUGCUCCCUACACUUUUCCCCGCCGCGGUCUACUGCUCUGUCUCUCUAGAGUUCCAACAAAGCGGCCGUGUGGCUUGGCCGCUUAUCGGGGGUGAUCUCUGGCCGUCUUCUUUCCCGGCCGCUUUUUGGGGGAAUUUGCGGAACCAGCACUGUGUCCGUUUCCCAGGAUUUUUCCCUCUCGGGCGCACACCUUAUCCCCCUCCUUUCAUCCCCGCGCUGCCCGGCGUAUUCAGGGCCAUGGCGAGCGGCGGGGGCAGGUACCGGCUGAGUUGUUCGCUCUUGGGCCACGAGUUGGACGUGCGGGGCGUGGUAGCUGGCCUUUAUCCGCCGGGAGCCUUCGUGUCUGUGUCUCGAGAUCGCACCACCCGCUUGUGGGCCCCGAACAGUUCUAACAGGGGUUUUACUGAAAUGCACUGUAUGAGCGGCCACUCCAAUUUUGUUUCUUGUGUAUGUAUCAUACCAUCAAGUGACAUCUAUCCUCGGGGACUAAUUGCCACUGGUGGAAAUGACCACAAUAUUUGCAUAUUCACACUGGACAAUUCAGCACCACUUUAUAUACUGAAAGGUCACAAAAAUACUGUUUGUAGCCUUUCAUCUGGAAAAUUUGGAACAUUACUUAGUGGUUCGUGGGACACUACAGCCAAAGUCUGGCUCAAUGACAAAUGCAUGAUGACCUUACAGGGUCAUACAGCAGCAGUAUGGGCAGUGAAAAUAUUACCAGAACAAGGUUUAAUGUUGACUGGAUCAGCAGACAAAACUAUUAAACUUUGGAAAGCUGGAAGAUGUGAAAGAACGUUCUCUGGGCAUGAAGAUUGUGUGAGAGGUUUAGCAAUUCUAAAUGAAAUGGAAUUUCUUUCUUGUGCAAAUGAUGCCAGUAUUAGAAGAUGGCACAUCACUGGCGAGUGUCUUGAAGUAUUUUAUGGACAUACAAAUUAUAUUUAUAGUAUAUCUGUUUUUCCAAAUUGUAAAGAUUUUGUGACAACAGCAGAAGACAGAUCUCUGAGAAUCUGGAAACAAGGGGAAUGUGCCCAAACAAUCAGACUUCCAGCGCAGUCUAUUUGGUGCUGCUGUGUGCUAGAAAAUGGUGACAUUGUGGUUGGUGCGAGUGAUGGUAUUAUCAGAGUGUUUACAGAAUCAUUGGAACGAACAGCCAAUCCUGAAGAAAUUCAGGCUUUUGAGAAUGAACUUUCUCAAGCAACUAUUGAUUCAAAAACUGGUGAUUUGGGGGAUAUUGAUGCUAACCAGCUUCCUGGAAGAGAACAUCUGAACGAACCUGGUACUAGAGAAGGACAGACACGUCUGAUCAAAGAUGGGGAAAAAGUUGAAGCCUAUCAGUGGAGUGUUAGUGAUGGCAGGUGGUUGAAGAUUGGUGAUGUUGUUGGCUCAUCUGGAGCUAAUCAGCAAACAUCUGGAAGAGUUUUAUAUGAAGGAAAAGAGUUUGAUUAUGUUUUUACCAUUGAUGUCAAUGAAAGCGGGCCUUCCUAUAAGUUGCCAUAUAAUACCAGUGAUGAUCCUUGGUUGACAGCAUACAACUUUUUGCAGAAGAAUGACCUAAAUCCCAUGUUUUUGGAUCAAGUGGCCAAAUUUAUUAUUGAUAAUACAAAAGGGCAGACUUUAGGACAUGUGAACACUGACUUUUCAGAUCCAUUUACAGGUGGUGGUCGUUAUGUUCCAGGUUCUUCUUCUGGAUCAGACAUGUUAGCUGCUGCAGAUCCUUUUACAGGUUCAGGUCGUUAUCUUCCUGGUUCAACAAGCAACACUGGAGUAUCUUCAACUGGAGUUGACCGAUUUAUAGUUUUUGCUGUCCUUCCCUAUGCCCACCUUCAUGUUGGAGUCACCAGUUAUCAAGGUAGUGGUGUCUUUCAAUCAGCUCCAUUUAAAACACUAAAUAUAUAUUUUCCCAAGAAGGAAGCUGUCACAUUUGACCAAGCCAACUUAACACAAAUAUUGGGUAAAUUAAAAGAACUUAAUGGAACUGCACCUGAAGAACAGAAAUUAACUGAAGAUGACUUGAUACUUCUUGAAAAGAUACUGUCCCUAACAUGUAAUAGCUCUGCAGAAGGACCCACAACUCACCAGCUUCAGACUUUGUGGAAAGCUGUUAACUGGCCCGAAGAUAUCGUCUUUCCAGCACUUGACAUUCUUCGGUUGUCAAUUAGGCAUCCUACUGUGAAUGAGAAUUUCUGCAAUGAAAAGGAAGGUGCUCAGUUCAGCAGUCACCUCCUCAAACUUCUGAAUCCUAAAGGAAAACCAGCAAACCAAUUGCUUACACUAAGGACUCUUUGCAAUUGUUUUAUCGGCCAGGCAGGACAGAGGCUCAUGAUGUCACAGAGGGAAUCAUUACUGUCACAAGCAAUAGAACUGAAAUCAGGCAGCAAUAAGAACAUUCAUAUUGCACUGGCUACGCUGACCCUCAACUACUCUGUUUGUUUACAUAAAAACCAUAAUAUUGAAGGUAAAGCUCAAUGCCUAUCAGUUAUCAGCACAGUCUUGGAAGUUGUGCAAGACCUUGAAGCCACAUUUAGACUUCUUGUGGCUCUUGGGACACUAAUCAGUGAUGAUUCAAAUGCUGUGCAAUUAGCCAAGUCUUUAGGAGUUGACUCUCAAAUAAAAAAAUAUGGUUCAGUAUCAGAACCAGCUAAAGUAAGUGAAUGCUGUAGGUUUGUCCUUAAUUUGCUGUAAUUGUUUUUACUAUAUGGGGACCUAAAGUCAUGCCUUGAUUAGUGGGUUUUUUUUUUUCCUUUCUUAUUUUACAUGACUGAAUAUAAUUGAAAAAUACUGUGGAUGAAGUAAAACUUAAUUAAGUUUUGUUGAGUGGGAGGGAAAACAAAUAAACAAUUUUUGCACUAAUUGUAAACUGCGAUACUUUCCUAUAUGGUGAUGGGUAGGUUUUAGAGUGUAUAAAACAAAUAAAUUUAAGGAAGUUUGGUGAAACAGUCAUUGGUAAAACAAAUAUAGUGGGCGUUUUUUUUUUAUCACUAUCCAGACAGAAGAAUGAAAGAAUUGAUUUGGGAAGGUGUCACUUGAGUCUUUUUCCUUUAUUAUACAACACAGAAUUAUUGGCUUAUUAUUCUGGUUCACCUGUUUUCAUUAAUAGUUAUCAACAAUAUUGAUUUAUUUCAGGGCUUGAGAAUACACAUUUAAACAUUUUAAUUAAGUGCAUCUUAAAAGACAUCUUCUAAGUAUUGGACAAGGUAGCAUAGUAUAGUAGAGAUAAUACAGGCCUGGGAAUCGGGAGUCUUGGAUUUACAUUCUUCCUUGGAGACUUAUAGCUGAGUGACCUGGGCAAGUCUCUUAAUGACCCUGAAUUUUAAUUUUCUCAUCUGCAACAUGGGUAUGAUAUUAUUUGUAUACUGCCAGUAUGAAAGGAUUGUUGUGAAGAAAACACUCUGUAAACCUUAAAUCACUUUAGAAAUGAGUUAUUGGUAGAGAUGUUUGUUGUCCAUGCAAAAAAUAUGGAACAACAAAUCACUUAAAUCUCAUUAUGUGUGCAGUAUAAAUUCAGACAAACUUGGUACCUGAAAUUAUUGGGUCUUGUGUUCUGGUCUUGUGUUCUCUCCAGCCCUGUUUACCCUGUCAAUUUUCAGAGUAUUUGAUUUUUCUCUCUAAUUUUGACACCUACUAGUUUGUCAGGUCAUUUUCAAAUAUAAAUUGGAUUUUAGAUGGCCAUUGCUAAAGUUAAUGCAAUAACUGUGGUUUGAUGGUGAAGUCUCAAAAAAAGGUUAAAUUUCUCCAAGCCUAUUCACAUACAGCAGAGAAGCCUAUGUUUGUAUUUUAGUGGAGAAAAGCAUUUUUCUUGAUAUGUUGACACUUUUUGUUUUAAUUACAACUUGCAUGCAUUCAUUUGCACACAUUUUUAGUGUUGUAGAAUUAUGUCUUUGAAUGAUUUGUCCUUGCUGUCAUAGAUUUUUAAAAUUGUUUUUUAAACUUCAUGAGGCUAUUUUUUUUCAUUUAAAGAAAUCACUGAUGCUGUUUUUGCACCAUACUAAUUUCUGAGUGUCAUACAGUUGAAUGUGUUCUAAUGUUGAAAAAUUGCUAAGUAAAAAUGAUUAGCUUGUCCAUAGUUUUAUUUUAUCUUAUUCUCUGGGGACUGAGGUUAACUAGUGACCAGUUAAUUGUUUUAGUAUUUUCAACAAUCUCUAGUAACUGGAUGUGUUUAUAUCAUAUUUGUCUUUAUAAAGUUCUUUAUAGUUAUAAAGCA